GAUUGAACUGACGAACUGACGUGUCUUUAAUGAGGAACAACGUGGCAUCUUCUGCACACGAUUUUUAGCUACGUUAAUAAAAACGACAUAAUUUUCAAUGCCGUCUAAUAAUUGUCGUCUGUAACAUAUUUAAAUAUAAAUUUAUUCUGACAGAGUUUCGUCUGUCAAUUUCUUUUACAAUUACGGUAUCGUGUUGUAAUUUAUAUUACAUGCUGUAAGUGAAGGUUAUAUGUGGGUAAUGACAGUAUUAACCACGUCAACAGUGAUAGUUCAGUCAGUAUAAAUAAUUUAUUCGGUUGCGUGAUUCUUCCGUUUAAGAAUGUUUAUUUAUAAUUUAAUUGGAAGAUCUACGUUGAAGCAAUUUAGGAUAGCGUAUUGUUAAUUAUGAGAUCUAGCGUCCGCAAUGUUUAAUAGUGUAAUUAAAAGUAAACAUUAAAAGUUCGGUCCUUGACGCCAGUGUAAAAGGAACAGCUGUACUUUUGUGGAAAGUUCGUUGAUAAGAGAUUUUAGCUGAUCUCUUUUAUCAUUCUGUAUGGCUACCAAAAGGAAAAUGGAAAGAGAUUGCACUGUGGAGGAUGGAGUCCACGAAACGAAUCACGUGCAUGAACGCUCGGACUUACGGGGCGACGAGAAGAAUAUAGCAAUACUUUUAUUUUUAUAUUUAUUACAAGGAAUACCAUUGGGUUUAUGUGGUUCUAUUCCUAUGUUACUCCAGAACCGAAACGUUUCGUAUCGUCAACAGGCUGAAUUCAGUUUUGUCCAAUGGCCUUUUUCUUUGAAACUCUUCUGGGCACCAAUAGUAGAUUCCACAUUUUCUCAAAAAUUUGGAAGGAGGAAAACAUGGUUAAUUCCAACUCAGUAUUUAAUGGGAUUCUUUAUGCUUUUAUUGUCCAGUCGUGUAGACCAAUGGCUGGGUAAUAAAACCACAAACCCCAAUAUAGAAAUGCUGACUAUUAUAUUUUUUGCAUUAAAUGUCUUGGCUGCCACGCAAGAUAUUGUAGUAGAUGGGUGGGCACUGACUAUGUUGAAAAGGUAUAAAUUUAAUCUAUAG